CAAACUUGUGUCCAGAUGAACUGAUUCAACUUUGUGGAUUUGUGUACCUGGAUUAUUGAGCAUGCACCAACAGAUACUCUCACCUGUUUCCAUUUCACGUGCUUAUUGUGUAACUUUUUAAAACAGUGAAACUUCUAUACUUUUACUCUUUUGCCAGUGUCCAACUAUUUUUAAGUGUGUUACAGGCAUGAAGUUGGAACUUUUAUUGAAGUGUAUAAAAUACAACUGUCAUUUAAAAAAAAAAAACACAUCAAAAAUAUUUUCUUUGUAUUUAGUAAACGUUUAGGAGAAUUAAAUGACAGACUCUUGUUUGUAUUGUAUUUUAUAAAAUGGGGUUUGUAUAUAUUAUACUACCUAAAGAAUAUCAUGUUUUUGUUAAAACUGUAUGUUUAUGUAAUGUACGAGCAGGCAUCUCUGGGAAGUCAUGGAGUUACAGGAUCCAGCUCUGUGAAUCCAAUUUUCACUUACACUUCAGUUUUCAUAAAGCAAGAGGCAAAGAGAUGGGAUGUUGAUGGUAACCAUAUUGUCAAGGUAACCAAAGAAAUGGCUGAGAAAAUCCAUCAAAUGACCUUAUAUUUAAAACGAAAAGGGCCAAUUCAGAGUAAAGAUGCUUUUGUAGCAUUGACUAAAGAUUUGAUCAUGAGUAGUCAGACCAUUACCCAGUUUGUUAAAGUUAUAGCUGAUUAUUGCCUGGACAAACACUCAACCAAGGAGAUGUACAUCAUAUCAGAGCAGAUUCUUACUGUUACUAACCAGCUCACCAUUCUUUCCAGUGUUAAUGCAGUGACUCCCAUGUGCAAAUCCUCGGAUGAAAUACUGGUGAAAAAUGCACAAAGUUUGCUUCAGACCGUUAUUCAAGUGAUACAAGCUGUAGAAACUGCUUGUAUAAAGGGCAUAAGACAACCUGAGCACAACUCUGAAGCAGCAAAAGCAGCCUCCCUGUGCAUAGACUGGAAAAAGAAACUGCUUAUUCACAGAGCCCAAGAGCAGAUGAAUACUGAAACUGAUAACCUAGGUCUUCGCAAGACUUCACUGCACCUUGCAGCACCAAGCCUGACAUUACCCAUCAGUGUACUGAAGGGAUAUAAGUAAAGUGAAUGGUAACUGAAGAUGGAAUUGACAGAAGAGAGGAUUGAGGUGAUUCUGAUGUCCAGGGAACGCAGCUGCCGUAUCAUAGCUGCAGACUUCAACAACUGACACCCAGAAAGACCACCAAUUUCACACAGCACUGUUGCAUCCCUCAUAGCCAAAUUCAGAGAAACCGGAACUGUGGACAACAAGCCACGUAGUGGUCGUCCGAAGACCAACGAAGGAACCUCAACAAUGGUUUUGGCAGCCUUUGCGAAAAGUCCACGACGCAGCACGCGAUGUCUCGCAGAAGAGCCAGUCAUCCCUUGUACGGAUUCUUCAUACCAAUAAGUGGCACCCCUUCAAGAUCCAGCUGCAGCAGAAACUAUCAGAGGAUGACCCUGAUAGACGUGUCGAGUUCUGCACCUGGGCGUUAGACCAACAUCAACGGGAUCCCGCAUUCGCACAGAGCAUUCUGUUCAGUGACGAGGCCAAUUUUUAUGUCAGUGGUGAGGUCAACCGCCAGAACGUGAUGUACUGAAGUGACGAAAACCCUCACUGGACGGCAGACACCAAAGUCGUAGGUGAUGUGAAGGUUAUGGUGUGGUGUGGAAUAUGGGGCACCCAUGUAAUCAGACCAAUUUUCAUCGACCAGACCUUAAAUGCUCAGCGCUACCUGACAAUGCUACAGGAAACAGUGUUCUCAUCCAUUCUGACCGAAGAUGGCAUUUUCCCCUGUUAUUUCCAACAGGAUGGGGCUCCACCACACUACGGAGCAGGUGUUCAUAAGUGGCUGGAUAUUCAAUUCCCUGGUCAUUGGAACAAUACAUUGAACAUGUCAAAUAGCUGUGCAUCACAGGGAAUGUUCCCGGUUGUAGUUGCAAAUUUCUGUGUUGAUAACUUUUGAUACACAGAGAUAUUGCAAAUCUGAUUGCGGCAAUCGAUUUCCGAGAAAACUCUGGUCUUCUUUGAUAUGCUACAGUUGUGUUCAAAAAAAUAGCAGUCCAACAUCAUUAACCCGAUAAAUCACUGUUUUUAGUAAAAGUGAUAUUUCUACAUAGCAAAUAAUUUACUUGAAAGUGUAGUAGAGUAAUGAAAACAAAACAAACCCAAAAAUUAGGACAUGCAUGCCACUUAUUCUGAGUAAUCGAAGCAUUGAUUGAAAGGGGUUUGUUCAAAAUAAUAGCAGUGAGGAUUUCAAUUGGUGAAGUCAUUAAUUCAGAAGAACAGGUGUCAAUUUUGGUCCUUAUUUAAUUUAGGAGGGUGGCAAAUGUUGCACAUAGCACAUUUCCUUCUGAAAUACUGGAUAAAAUGGGUUGUUCCAGACAUUGUUCUGAUGAACAGUGUACUUUGAUUAAAAAGUUGCUUGUAGAGGGAAAAGAAUACAGAGAAGUGCAGCAAAUUAUAGGCUGCUCAGCUACAAUGAUCUCAAAUGCCUUGAAGUGAAAACCAAAACCUGAAAGACGCGGAAGGAAGCAUAGAACUACUGUUCAAAAGGAUCGAAGAAUAGCCAAAAUGGCAAAUACUCAGCCAAUGAUCACCUCCAGAAAGAUCAAGGAACAUCUAAAAUUACCAGUGAGUACAGAAGAUGAUUACGUGAAGCCAAUUUACCAGCAAGAACUCCUUGCAAAGUCCCGUUGUUAAGAAAAAGACACGUCCUGAAUGGGUUCAAAUUUGCCAAGGAACAGUGACUGGUCCAAAGAGAAAUGGCUCAACAUUUUGUGGACUGAUGAAAGCAAAAUUGUUCUUUUUGGGUCGAGUGGCCAUAGACAGUAUGUCAGACAACCCCCGAGCACUUAAUUCAAGCCAAAGUACACUGAAGACAAUAAAGCAUGGUGGUACAAAAUUAUGAUAUGGGGAUGUUUUUCAUACCAUGGUGGAAUGUAGUCUAAUCACCCUGGACUGGAAUACCUGUUCAGAGGUGCCAGAAGUUGGUCGCUCUAUGCAACACAGAUCUUGGAAACAAUUGUUAUGCCACUAAAUAUUAGUUCAGUAAUUUAAAGUAAAGUAAAACCUCGAACAUUUUCAGUUUAUAGAUACAUUUUUUGAGUUUUUAAAGAAAAAUGCUGGCACUGCUAUUUUUUUAAACAGCCUAAUAUUCAUUUUUCUUAACUUUCUGUAAAGGAUCAACACAAACUGGCUAAAUUUUGUUAAUGUUUUGAAUUUGAAUUGCAAGUGUAGUAUUUUCAGUGCAUUUGCAUUUAUGGAAAUAAAAGUUAUUAUAAUGAUUUUGUGCUUUAUUCACCGUUUUAAAAUCACUGCUAUUUUUUUGAACACCACUGUACAUGACCACCUUCCCCACUGGAAGAACUUGCCCUUGAUCCAAUAUGGCGGCCAUGUUCCGGACAUAGGCCCCCUCACCCAUUACUUGCUGGGGUAUUCAGAUUUGUCAUUUUCCCUUUCGUUUCUGAAAUAAGUGUCCUGCGACUUUUGCCUCACCCUACAUAUAUAUAUAUAUAUAUAUAUAUAUUAGAGAUGGGACGAUCGGGGUUUUUGGCACCGAUUGCGAUCUCCGACAUGCAAUUUUUAGCGCAAAAUCAGCAGUAAAUAAUAAAGUAACCAAACAAUUAUUUUUUUCACCCACAGGAGACAUAUCUUAUUAGUCUAACUGACCACACACACACACACAGGUUUAAUGUUAUCCAGUUUAGUCUGAAAAAAACUUAAAAAGAGCCUCACAGUGAAAAUAAACCGAAAGCAACAGCGUGUGUGUGUUUCUUUAAAAAAAAACGCUUUGUUCACAGUGUCGCUUUAAAUGAUUCUGAUUCAGGAGUCGAAUGUGACGCGUAAGUUUCUCUCUCCGUUUUUACUGUUAUUAAUAAAUGUCGUGGUUUUAAAUAAACACCAGCUACUACAGAACAUUUUGUGUGACUUUCUUACAUUAAAAAGCUUCAUUAAAAAGCUUAAUUAAACCGCUAUUACCACAGAGCGGUCACCGAGUCAGACUCGUUCCGUCUGUGGAGCUAAAAGUUCUGAUUACCCUAAAAGUUUAGCAGAUGAUCCUGAACUAACGAAUUUGGUAAUG